AUGGCAGAUGCCAGUGCGGAAGGCGCCACAGCCCCUAAGCCGGGGAAAACCUCGCGAGCAGUCCGGCCCAUUACGGGCGUGUCCUGGUCCCGAGACUGGGUGAAGAAGUUAGAUAACAACCAGGCGGGCUUGGCAGGUGCACUCAGACUUAAGAAUACGGACGAGCUGUGGGCCCUGUUUGAUGACAAAGAUAUUGCGGCGCUGGUGGAGAGGUAUAUCAGCGACCGUUUUGCUCAUUUGAACCCCCAGGCUGGUCAUAUGCAUGAGCAGGCUCGACAGAUUGUACUGCCUGUUAUCUUACCAGGGGUUCCAAAUGCCCCUGGAAUACCUCAUCGACGUCCAGUCAUGGCCAAAUCUUGCAAGAUGGACCUGGAGUAUAAAUGCCCAUGGAAUACUCGCCAUCUCGCAUGGACCCUUUCUGGAUUGACUCCUCGAGAUUUUUCCUCGGUCACUUUACAGCAAAGAAUCCGCAAGCUUUGA